CUGUGGGGAGCAGUGGCGCAAGACUGUCCAUGGAAUAACCAAUGAGCGUGAACCACACGGAUCAAAGUUAACAUUGGGGGUGGGGCUCUUUCAGAUGUGCCCCACGAAAUCUGCCUAGUAACUCGACUCGAACAAUGCGAAACGCGACUCUAGCUCCGAACCUGUUGCAUGCUGGGCUUCACUUCAGCUAACAGGGUAACAGGCUAACAGGCUAACAAGACCUGAGCCUGUGGAGAGGUUUCACUCACAUAUCAGAUGAGUAACAAGGUUUGAUGCUCGGCUUGAUUUCCUGACCGAGAAGCUAAAGACGUCUGCGCUCCCGUUUCUGUGGAUGUCCAACGUGAGACACACCUGGACAGGGACGGACGAGCCUGACGGACACAGCUGUGCUGACCGUGUUCUGUCUCUUCACUCAGCCUCAUUCUCACUCACGCAUCCUACGUCCAUUAUAUAUACAGUCUAUGGUUUUAAUUCAUACAAUGAAUAACGUAGACUUUUUGUUGAGGGUGCGAUUUAAUACAUUGUCGUUGGAAGAAAAAUUUGAAAUCAAACGUUUGGGGCCACACAUCCCAGACGACUUGAUCCUGCUGCAAACUGGUGAGAGGGCGACUCGAACUUUCAAGACGGAGUGGUUUGAAAGAAAGACAUGGCUAACUGCUAGCACAACAAAACAAGCACUGUUCUGUUUCCCAUGCCUUCUUUUUGGAACUGCUACUAAGGCAGACUCGGUUUGGACAACGGAUGGAUUCAAAGACCUGAAGCAUCUGGCGGAAAGAACAGUGAAACACGAAAGCAGUAAAAGCCAUAUCAAUUGCGCCAUUAAAUUGGGACUGUUGGGAGGGGUCAAGACAGUGACCACGCUAGAUAGUGCUUACCAGCGGAACAUUUCAGAGCACAACAAACAGACGGAGGAGAACCGUUAUGUACUGGGGAGGCUGAUAUCGUGCCUAAUGCUCUGUGGGAAGUGCGAACUGGGUCUGCGUGGUCACGGCGAGUCAGCCGACUCAGUGAACCCAGACAUUUAUAGGUGCAUUUUUGAGACGAUGUGCGAGGGCGACACCAGGCUGAAAAGACACUACGAUUCGGAGCCUACGUUCAAGGGGACAUCCAGCACCACCAUCCAGAACGAACUCCUGGAUUGCAUGUAUGAGGUCUACAGAUGUGAGCUGGCCAAACAAUUGCGGGACACCCAGUUUGUAGCCGUGCAGGCGGAUGAGACCACUGAUGCCUCGUGCAAAUCCCAAAUGGUCAUAAUCUUGAGAUACAUGGUGGACAACAGCGUCACGGAGCGGUUUCUUGAGUUCAUUGAAGUGAAGGAUAAAACUGCCAUUGGCCUUUCCACUGCUAUCAAAGAUGCCCUUGAGCCACUGGGACUGACUAACAAGCUCAUAGCCCAAACCUUUGAUGGUGCAGCGGUUAUGCAUGGCACUGUAGGUGGCGUGCAAACACUUAUGAAUGAAAUCUACCCAGACGCAAUAUUUGUGCAUUGCUACGCACACCAGCUAGACCUAACGCUGCAGCAAGUAUGUGCAUCCAGGAUCAGUGAGCUGAAGGUGUUCUUUGCUGAUCUGGCUGGUUUUGCCACCUUCUUCUCCACCUCACCGAAAAGAGCAGCUGCUCUGGCGGAGACAUCGGACAAGCGGAUCCCGCGGCCUCCCAGCACCAGAUGGAAUUUUGAAAGCAGGACUGUGAAUGUGGUAUGGGAAACUCGGGUAGAUAUACUGGAGUGUCUGGAUACCAUUCGCACUCAACCAGGAUGGGACAAGGUGUCCAUCGGCGAGGCAUACGGCCUCUCCAUGCACCUGCACGACCGCACGUUUCUCCAGCUGCUGGAGCUCUUUGCCAAAGUUAUGCCAGAAGUGGAUGAUUUGUAUGGCAUACUACAGUUACGAGAGGUUGAUCGAUAUGGGGUGAAUCGUGCAGUGGAGAAUUUCAAAGUGCACGUGAAAGAAAUCAGAGCGAGAGCAGAUGAGAUUGGUUACGAAGCCAGUGAGGAGCCGGGCACAGCAAAGCGCAAGAAAACGAAUACACCCGCCGUGACGAAGGAGGCCUGUGAGGCCAUGAUUGUGCAAGUGGAGGACCGCUUCUCCAAAAGUGACCAUCUUAUUGCCGCACAGCUGGUUGACUGCUCACUGUUCCCAAAGUUUGUGAGGUCAUUCCCGGAGGCCCAACUCGCCUGUGCUCUCAAGCUCUGGCCCACAGCUCUGACGAACGAGGGGAAGUUGCAAACUGAGCUGGCUCUUCUAUACGGACACACUGAGCUGCACACAGGGAAAUCAGCACUGUUGCUGUUCCAGGCCAUUCGGGAAAACAACCUGCAAGAGGUCUUGUCUGAAACCUGCACUCUGCUCAGCAUCAUCCUCACAACCCCCAUGAUGACUGCGGAGUCUGAGAGGAAGUUUUCAACGUUGAAAAGGAUCAAGACGUUCACAAGAAACACGAUGGGACAGAAGAGACUGAACGCCCUCGCCAUGCUUUCCAUUGAAAACCUGUUCAUUCAUGGACUGGUGGAGUUUAACAGCAAAGUCAUCAGGAGGUUUGCUCUAGCAAAGAACCGCCGCGCCGACUUCCUUUUUAAGUGAACGACAUUGGUGAUUAAAAACUUUUUUUUUUUGGAGCUGAAGGACGUUUUUUUUAAUAAAUUGUUAUUAAUAAGUUAUUUGAGCUUUGUCUGUCUAAUCUUUUUACUUUGUUGCAAUCAUUUUACUUUAAUGCUGUAUUAUAGGCAACAUCUUUGUGUCACGCUGAGCGCUAAAGCAUGUGAAAUGUAUUCGAAAUAGGAUUUCUGCUCCCUGCUGCCACUCAAAAUGCAGCCCAUAGUAUAUCUUACUGGUCUAUAUUGAACUACUGCUUAUAAUAAUCAGCUACAUCUAAUUUUGUGACGGUGACAUGACGUCAAAAUUGCCCCACCAGAAAUUUCGGGCUAAAAUCGCCACUGUACACAUGAACUCACAUUGUUACAAGUAUGAGAAGACACGUAGGCUUCAGUCCUUCAAUCUAGCUGUUGCAGGAGGUUACGUAAUAUAAUGUUGAUAAUAAUGUAUAAAAAGGACAAGGAGUGGGUGAGUACUCAUGCAGGUGGAGCUGAAGGGUAGAAGGCAGAUAUCUGUUGAGGGAUAAGGUUUUAACAAACCUGCUGAGGGAGGCUGAACACCUCCGGGCUCUGUCUGUAGUUCAAACAGUUCUGUCGUUAUCAGAUUGGUGGUCAGCUUGCUUCCACAUGAAUCAGAAAUAGUAACACCACUGGAAAUUAGUGAGAUCUUGCCUUGUACAUUUGAAGUUGUCUUCUGUCAAAUUAAUUGUAUGGUUGAAAUUGCUCAUUUGUUUAAUGUGAAAAGCUUCAGGAUCUACACAGUCCAUGCACACAGCAAACAAAUGUUAAAAUGUAAACUUGACUUGUAAAAAAACGACACAACAAACAGAGUGCUUUUAUUCCAUUUAUUUUUCUAAUCUUACUUUCACUGUUAACCUUUAAAUUUUCUCUUUUUACAAUGACUGAAAUUCUAUUUCCCCAGCAACAAUUAGGAUUAGAUCGGGAAUCUUCAAAAAUAAUAUACAGCUGUAACCAAUACCGUUAUAAUUUAUACAUUUAUUUUUCGAAAAUAGGAAUAAAUUUAACUUUUAUAAUUUCUCUUUUCUACAAUUAUUCUCUUCAUCUUCCCAAGCCAUUCACUACUUCAGUAGUGAUGUUUGUGCCUUGAGCAAACUUUCUUUGGACACUGGAAGUGACUGUAAGAGAGAGAGAAAAGAAAAGUCCACAAAAAAAAGAAAAAUGACAAUUCAUAUUUACAGUUUAGCUUUUCAUUGUUAUAAUUUAACCAACUGACAGUCGUGUGGUCAGUGCUUUUCCCAGGGCUCAUCAUCAGGUUAGUUUAGAGGCAAAGUUUGAGACACAGAGGCACAGUGUUUGAACUAGCAGGCAAGUUUCUUUUUUAGAGCAAGCCGAGGGUCAAUUUGUGAUUGAUUAGAACAAGUGUUACCGAAAGUGUGAUCACGGACCCUGAUAGAUUAAAUGAUCAGUUUAAGCUCAAACAUCUCGUCUUUGGUCAUUUUUGAAAGCGAUAGAGAGAAACUGAAUCUGAAGUGCAGUCCCCUUCAGCUCUGCUCAAAGGGAAUGGUUUUAUCAGCUCUGUGCUCUCAUCUGAUGUCAAGUUAGUCUGCUGCCAGUUGUCCUCAAACUAUCUGUCAAAAGCUGACAAUUAAAUAUGAAGCAGGGAGAGAAAUAACUGCGAUAUAGUCUGCUGUGUUCAGGUGU